AUGUCAUUUAGUUGGUCAGCAUCAUCAAGUCCAUCAUUUGUUGGUAUUAAACCAACAACUACAAAUAGUUUUGCUGAUGCACUUAAACGACUCGCUGAACAUGUAGAAGAAAAAAAUAAAAAUAUAGAUUCAAAUAAUAUUGGAAAUUCUAAUCUUGUUCAAUCAUCAAUAGACUUUCCAAAUCGAAUGAUUCCAUAUCAUGUAAAUAAUUCAAUAUUACCUGACCAAACAUUACGACUAUAUACACAAUAUAUGCAUGAAGCUGAAAGAAGAGAAGAUAUGCGACGACGUUAUCUACGAGUCUAUGGUGGAUCAAAUGGUCCUAACAUAAAUUUACCUAUAUUAAACAGGCGUCUUGAUAUUACUGAUCCUUAUCGAUUUAUGGUACCCCAUUUAUCUAGUCUCCUCCAUCCACCUACAUAUUUACAAUUACCUACACAACAAACGAGACUAACACAACCAGCUCCAUUUUUGUUGCCAAAUAUCAAAACAACUGAUACAACAAUACGCAUACCAAUACAAGAAAAUACUGAUAAAAAAUCAUCUGAGCAAUCAUCACAUCUUUCUAAACCAAAAUUAAAACUAUUCCGUCCUUAUGAUCUUGAUAGUCGAAAUUCAAAUUCUAAUCAAACAUCACCAUCUUCACCAACUGUAACUAAAAAAUCAACUCCAUCACCAUCGACUUGUGUUAAUAGCAAUUCAACAAUUUCUGAUGAAUCACAAACAGUAACAUCGUUUGGUAAAGAAAAACAAUUAUUUAAUACAUUAGGUCUCGUUCAACAGUCUACUGAUAUACUAACAGAAAAAUCAUCGUUCAUUCAAACAUCACCAUCAGAAAGUUCAACAGCAAUUGAAACGAUUUUUACACAACAAGAUAAUCAUCUCGAUAAUAGUCUUUCCAAUACAAAAGAUUCUUCAUUAUCGGCUACAUUUAAACGUAAAUCAGCUUUUUCAUCAAAUACACAAAAUUCAUCAAAUCGAAAACAAUUGAAAAUCGAUAAAAUACACAACAAUGUGGAAUAA